AUGAGAGUUGAGCGGACAGAUAGCAUGAGCCAGCAGCAAGGGCCUAGAAUUCCGAGGGUUCCACAGAUAUUUAGUGGGAUUGAAUCGAACAAGAAAUGUUACGAACCCAUGGUGGUCUCCAUAGGUCCUUACUACCACGGGAAGCUUGGGAUCCUGGAGAUGGAGAAGUCUAAACGCAAUAUGGCGCGCGCAUUUGUGCAACAGAGUGGGAAACACAAUAUUGAAGAGUUGUACAAAACCGUGGAGGAUGUGGCUGAAGUGGCGAGAAGAUGCUAUGAUGAGGAUGGAUCAGUUAUACUCAAUGACAUGACCGAAUUCACCAAGAUGAUGUUUCUUGAUGGUUGCUUUGUUAUCCAAUUCAUGCACUGUCUACUUCGUGACCAUCAAAAUCUGAAGAUGUCUAGUCACUUUGCUGCUUUAGUUGCACGAGACAUGUUCUUACUAGAGAACCAACUCCCUUUUCUAGUCCUCAGGUCAUUGAUGAAGUUGAGAUUCGGAUCAGAUGAAGACGGGAUAAAAUUGAUCAAGGAUUUCAUUAAGCACAUUCGAGCAAUGCCCCGUCAACGAGAGUCAUGCAGGAAAAAGAUAUCAAAGUUCUUCUGCAAAACUAUUCCGCGAAGAGCAAUAUCAAACUAUUCAGCAAAAGACCCAGAAAUGGGAGAGUACUAUGGUGCCAGCCAUCUCCUUGAACUCUUUCAUAUGCAUUUUGUAACUUUUGUUGAUAAGAACGUCACUGUUGAUAGUUCACGGACAAGCUUGUAUCGUUAUCAUCCUGCGAUGGACCUUAGAAGGGUGGGAAUCCAUUUCAAGCCUAGCAAAACCAGCCAGUUCACUGAUGUCAAGUUCAAACCAACAUGGCUAGCUGGGAGACUCCAAAUUCCUGCACUAACAAUAGACGACUCAACCAAGCCCUUACUCUUAAACUUGGUGGCCUACGAAGCAUGCCUCGGUGACAAUGACAAACUUUGGGUCACUUCUUACAUAUGCUUCAUGGAUUCACUAAUUGAUCAGCCUGAAGAUGUGAGAGUGUUGCGUUCACAGGGUAUACUCCUCGUUACCCUCGGAAGUGAAGAAGAAGUCGCGAGACUCUUCAAUGAGGUAGCCAAUUAUUUAGUGCCCAAUCCUCUUGCUUUCAACAAAGUCAAAAAGGACAUCGAAUCACAUUGUAGGAACACCUUCAAGCGAUGGAUCCUUCAUUACAAGGGUCCGAUUUAUACUGUGAUUUUUAAGUAUUCUUUUAUUUUUGGGCUCAUAGUAAGUGCCCUUAAGUACGUGAAAGUGUUUCCAGCGGAACCCCUAUAUGGUGUCUGCAGAUUGCCAGUCAAUAACAGUACCCUAUACCCUUAA